AUGGCCCCCCUACGGCUCCUCUGGAUGUGGCUGCUGGUCGCGGGGACUCAAGGCGUGAAAGACGGUGACAUGAGGCUAGCCGAUGGGGGUUCUGCCAACGAGGGUCGCGUGGAGAUCUACUACAGCGGCCAGUGGGGGACGGUGUGUGAGAACAUGUGGGACCUAACGGAUGCCAGCGUCGUCUGCCGCGCCCUGGGCUUCCGGAACGCCACCGAGGCUCUGGGCGGGGCCGCCUUCGGGCCAGGACAUGGCCCCAUCAUGCUGGACGAGGUGAGGUGCACGGGGACAGAGCCCUCGCUGGCCAACUGCUCAUCCCUGGGCUGGAUGCAAAGCAACUGCAGACAUGACGAGGACGCCAGCGUGAUCUGCACCAACGAAACCAGAGGUGUCUACACCCUCGACCUGUCCGGCGAACUCCCUGCGGCUCUAGAGCAGAUCUUUGAGAGCCAGAAGGGCUGUGACCUGUUUAUCAGGGUGAAGGCAAGAGAGGAGGACGAGCUGGCCAUGUGCGCGCACAAGCUGAUCCUGUCCACCAACCCCGAGGCCCACGGCCUGUGGAAGGAGCCGGGCAGCAGGGUCACCAUGGAGGUGGAUCCCGAGUGUGUGCCCGUCGUCAGGGACUUCAUCAGGUACCUCUACUCCCGGAGGAUCAACGUGUCCCUGUCGUCGGUGAAGUGUUUGCACAAGCUCGCCUCUGCCUACCAGGCCGCGCAGCUGCAGAGUUACUGCGGGCACCUCUUUGCCAUCCUCAUCCCCCAGGACCCCUCCUUCCGGACGCCCCUGGAGCUCCAUGCCUACGCCAUGGCCACCCGGGACCCUGUGCUGGAGGAGAUCUGCGUGCAGUUCCUGGCCUGGAACUUCGGGGCCCUGACGCAGGCUGAGGCCUGGCCGAGCGUCCCCCUGGCCCUGCUCCAAGACCUGCUCUCCAGGACUGAACUGGUGGUGCCCAGCGAGCUGGUCCUGCUGCUGGCCGUGGACGAGUGGAGCCGGGAGAGGCGUCCCUCUCAUGAGGAAGUGGAGGGCUUGGUGGAGAAGGUGCGGUUCCCCAUGAUGCCGCCCCGGGAACUUUUCUCACUGCAGUUUAACUUGUCCCUGUAUUGGAGUCACGAGGCGCUCCUCCAGAAGAAGAUACUGCAGGCCCUGGAGUUCCACACUGUGCCCUUCGAGCUGCUGGCUCAGUACUGGGGCCUGAACCUCACCGAGGACGCCUACCAGCCCCGGCUUUACACCUCGCCCACCUGGAGUGAGUCCAUAAUGAGCUCCAGUUACAACCCCUACCGGUCCUUCCAGACCCCCCCACAUCCCAGCUUCCUCUUCCAGGCCAGCUCUGUCUCCUGGUCUUUCGUCUACCUCCCCACCCUCCAGAACUGCUGGAACUACGGGUUCUCAUGCUCCUCCGAGGACCCCCCACUCCUGGCUCUCUCCAAGUCCAGAUACUCCAAUCCCACCAUCGGCUAUGAAAACCGGGCCCUGCUGCACUGUGAGGGGGCCUUCGUGGCAGACAUCAUCGACUUCAAGGGCUGGAAGGCCCUGAUCCCCAGCGCCCGGGGUACCAACAGCUCCAGGAAUGCUUCCUUCUUCCCCUGCCCAGCAGGGUUCUUCAGCAGAUUCCAGGUCGUCAUCCGUCCCUUCUACCUGACCAACUCCACGGGCAUGGACUAG